AUUUUGAACUGUGGCUGGGGCGGUGGCGGUGGUGGCGGCGGCGGCGGCGGCGAAGGAUGCACCCGGCAGGCUUGGCGGCGGCGGGGACGCCCCGGCAGCGUAAGUGGCCCUCGAAGCGGAGGGUACCAGUGUCCCAGCCAGGCAUGGCUGACCCCCACCAGCUUUUCGACGACACAAGUUCAGCCCAGAGCCGGGGCUACGGGGCCCAGCGGGCACCUGGCACCCUGGGCUACCCUGCGGCCUCCGGCUCACCCCAGACGGCCUUCCUGGCUGAUCCUGUGUCCAACAUGGCCAUGGCCUAUGGGAGCAGCCUGGCUGCCCAGGGCAAGGAGCUGGUGGAUAAGAACAUUGACCGCUUCAUCCCAGUCACCAAGCUAAAAUAUUACUUCGCCGUGGACACCAUGUAUGUGGGCAAAAAGCUGGGCCUGCUCUUCUUCCCCUACCUGCACCAGGACUGGGAGGUGCAGUACCAGCAGGACACACCAGUGGCUCCCCGCUUUGAUGUCAACGCCCCGGACCUCUACAUUCCAGCCAUGGCGUUCAUCACCUACGUCUUAGUGGCUGGCCUGGCGCUGGGGACCCAGGAUAGGUUCUCCCCAGAUCUCCUGGGGCUACAGGCGAGCUCGGCGUUGGCCUGGCUGACACUGGAGGUGCUGGCCAUCCUGCUCAGCCUCUACCUUGUCACUGUCAACACAGACCUCACCACUAUCGACCUGGUGGCCUUCUUGGGCUAUAAAUAUGUUGGGAUGAUUGGUGGGGUCCUCAUGGGCCUGCUCUUUGGGAAGAUUGGCUACUACUUGGUGCUGGGCUGGUGCUGUGUGUCCAUCUUUGUGUUCAUGAUCCGGACGCUGCGGCUGAAGAUCCUGGCCGAGGCCGCGGCCGAGGGCAUCCCGGUCCGCGGGGCGCGGAACCAGUUGCGCAUGUACCUGACCAUGGCCGUGGCCGCGGCACAGCCCCUGCUCAUGUACUGGCUCACCUUCCACCUGGUGCGGUGAAGGCGGCCCGCGACGCCUCCAGCUGCUGCUUCCGGCGGCCUCCGCGCUGCCGCCACUCAUCUCCCGGCCCCCAGCCGGCCACAGGGUCCGCCCGGUAGCCCGAGACCCUCCCUCCCCCCACCCACCCCGCCGAGGUGCUGAGAUUUCCAGCUGCACAGGCCGCCCCCAGCAGGGCGGCCACUGUUCCGGAAACAAUAAACCGUGAUGGGCACGGCG